CCUCGCGGCUCCGCCCCUGCCAUGGCCGCCGCGGCCGUGGGCCUGGGUGCCACCGGGCGCCGCUUCGCUUGGGUCCCCUUGGCGCAUGGGCCUCCUGCGGCGCGCGCCCGCGUGCGCCCGGACCAUGGCACGCCUGGGCGCCGUGCGUUCCCACCACUGCGCGUUGCUGCUGGCCGCGGCGCUUGCCGUCUGUGCCUUCUACUAUCUCGGCUCUGGCCGUGAGACUUUCUCCAGCGCCACCAAGAGGCUGAAGGAGGCCCGCGCUGGCGCCCCUGCCUUGCCCUCGCCUCCCUCGCUGGACCUGGCGCGGGGGUCGGUGGCCCCGGCCCCAGGAGCCAAGGCCAAGAGCCUGGAGGGCGACGUGCCGGGGCCGGUGGACUAUCACCUGCUGAUGAUGUUCACCAAGGCGGAGCACAAUGCCGCGCUGCAGGCCAAGGCCCGCGUCGCGCUCCGCUCGCUGCUGCGCCUCGCCAAGUUCGAGGUGCAUGAGGUGCUGAACCUGCACUUCGUGAGCGAGGAGGCCAGCCGCGAGGUGGCCAAGGCACUGCUGCGGGAGCUCCUUCCGCCCGCCGCGGGCUUCAAGUGCAAGGUCAUUUUCCAUGAUGUGGCUGUGCUGACCGACAAGCUCUUCCCUGUCGUGGAGGCCAUGCAGAAGCACUUCAGUGCUGGCUCAGGGACCUACUACAGCGACUCCAUCUUCUUCCUCUCUGUCGCCAUGCAUCAGAUCAUGCCCAAAGAGAUCCUGCAGAUCAUUCAGCUGGACCUUGACCUAAAGUAUAAGACCAACAUCCGGGAGUUGUUUGAAGAGUUUGACAAUUUCCUGCCAGGUGCUGUCAUCGGCAUAGCCAGAGAGAUGCAGCCUGUGUACAGGAGGGGACAGAAGUCCACAGAAGGGAACGGACACAUCCCAGGGCAGAGAUAUGGGGCAGCCCCAGGCUACCUUGUCCCUUCCCCGGAACCUCGCCUGUGUACCCCGUUCCUGCCCCAGGUGUGGAAGCAGCAACUCCAAAGAGGGCGGAACUCUGGGGAUGACGUGUUGACACCGUGGCAAAGCAGGAGACAGAGGCACCGGACACUCGUCUCAUAGACAGUGGACUUCACUGUGUCCCCUGGCCGUCUCCCCAGCCUUCUUUCUGCUGUGUGUCUAGGACAGCUGCUGUAACAAAGUGCCUUAAAGAAGGUAAACCCCCUCAUCAGGUCCUGUAUUUUUCCUUAAUUGUAUGUGAAGAACAUAUAUUAACAAAUGACACAUACGUAUGAAUCGAACAGAGCCUACUGUGCGUUCCUCCUUUAAGAAGUCCUUAUUUUUGAGGCCCUACCUCAGGUAUUGCAUGCAUGCAUGCGAAUGCAAUUUAUUGUAUUAUAUAUUUGUCCACUACGUAUGGGUGUGCACUAGAAUUGACCCUAGUACUGCAUGAGCCUCUGGAAAAAAUGUCAGUGUUUAAACAUAAGGAUUACAGACUAUAUCUGCUGUAAACCCAUAACCGGCCAUCAGGCUUUCCCAGAACUGAUCAGUUUUACUUUUCCCAUCUAUUUUGUUAUUUGGAUGAGCCCUCGCCUGCAGGACUUCACGAUUGCAUUCUUGGUGGGGGUUUGGGAAACACACAUAACGCCCUUCACUCCUUCUCCUCUUUCUCUCCCUGCACACCAUCUCCUGGCCCCCUGCCUGUCUUCAAAAGACCUGUCUCCCUGCUUCCUAUAAUCUUUUAUUUUAAGGAGGAAGAGUUUUAAAGACCAGAAAUUUCCUGCUUGCAGUUCCCACAGGCUGUAUCCGAAGCCCCAGCUCAAGGCACCGGCCACCAUUCGGCUGCGGCCUCAGGACGGGCCUUGGUCCCCAGUUACCAGGCGAGCUGUUGGAUCCUGAGCUGGCAGCUUGGUGAGGCAGCGCUUCUAUUUUCUGAAGCUGCCAGCUGGGGCGGGGGCACUUAGAGCAAUAGAUGACGGACACACCAGGCUGUGGAAUACGGUGAAACAGCUAACACAGCGGAUAGAGCUGGUGCUGCAAAAAGGGAAGAUUUCAAGAUGUUUCGUUAAGAGAAAAAGAAUUGCAGAAAAACACCUAUUUAUAUAAGAAGCGGGGUAACAGAUGUGCUGAACAUUUAAAUGAAAAAUUUCAUUAUAGUAGAAGAAACAUUGCUGUAAAAAAAAAAAAAAAAGAAAGAAAGAAACACUGCCAUUAACGCCCCUUAAAAUACUUCCCUUCUGAUACACUUCCUGCUUGUUCUUGUCACCUUCUGAAGCGAUGCUGGAAGCCCUCUGCUGUGAGUGUCUUUGUGAGGGACAUUAAGAAUCAUGGUCACUGUGCUGCUGAGCGCCCUCCGUCAGAAAGACGGCUCCUAAAAACAAGACGCCGUGUCCUUGAUGUAGGGGAACUAGACUGCCGGCCUACUAUGUCCAGUAAGAGUCAUGUUCUCUAAAAUCGAAGAAGGAAUUUUAGGAACAACGGAGGUUAAGAGCAGAGUGUAUUUACUGAGAGAAGAAAGCUUCUGUCUGAGAGAGACAGAAGGGGUCCCGAGACGGUUGUCAGGGACUCUUGUCUUUUCCAGUGACUUUUAUAGAGCAAAACCUUGGGUUCAAGGAGGGGGAAGACUGGGAACUCAGAAAGCAGGUGGGCAUAAGGUGGGACAAAACUAUAGUUAGCCAAUAAGAUCAAUAGUUCAGGUAAAAUUGAUUGCAUUAGGGACAAAUGGAAAAGCAAGUCACCUGGGAAGCUGGCAUUCUUAGAGCUGUGACCUUUUCCCUAGGGGGAUGGGAUAGUGACUCCAGGCUGAUAGAGAACUAAUUAGAAUAUCAGUCUUUAGGAUGUGGAUGCAUUUGUAUGACCUUUGUCUUGAGGCCUGGCCCACAGCAGGAGGUGUCUGCCUCCCUGCAGUUGUAAGGUAUCUGCUCUGGCUCCUUUGAGAACCCAUCCCUGUCUCACUGCCUAUGAUAUUUCUAACUAACUCGGUUGCCUGCAGUAUCUGCACCCACUUCAGCCACGGAUCUGGCACUGUGUGACUUCUGGCUCUUCCCCAGAACCAAAGAGACACCGAAAGGUCCACGUUUUGAACUGCUUUGGGAUGUAGAGGUGGCCGUGGCAGCAAAACUAAAGACACUCAGGAAAAAAGUCUUCCAGCACCACUGCAGGAAGUAGCAAGAACAUGGGGUAAAGUGCUCUGAGCCAGGUGGGAGGACUCUGAGAGGGGUCCAGGGCAAUGUCCUUCUGCUAGAAUACAUUUUUAAAAUUUAUACAUUUACCAAUCUUCCCAUCACACCUCAGAGCUGCACCUCUUUUGUGUGGAAUAUCAUCACCACUCACUGUGCAUUUGAUGUCUUUAUGUGUACAUGUAAUUACUCAUUACAAUUCUACAUAUUUUUUUUUUUCGUUUUUAUCGGUACCGGGGAUCGAACUCACGACUGCCUGCUUGCAAGGCAGGUGCUUAUGCCGCUGAGCUAAAUCCCCAGCCCCUACAAUUCCAUAUAUCUUUAUCAGUUUGUUUCUCAGUGAGGAAGUCAGAGAAGUAUACAAAAGAGGAUUUUAAUGUUUCAUUCAGUAUUGUUGUAGUCAGGGGUUGUGCAGAGAACAGUUAAAGUCAGGACAUGGAGUUUAUAAUAUUAUUUACGAUGGUCACCCAGAGUUAACACAAGAAAAUGCAGGAAAUCUGUCCAUAGCACCAAAGACAUAGAAUAUUUAGCCAAGGGCCUGGAUCCCACAGCCAUGUCCCACACGAGUCCAGAUGAAGACCCAGAACCCGAGUCAAUGCCUCCCACGAGUCCAUCUGGAGGUCCAGAGCCCACAACAAGGACUCACACCAGUCUCUUUUACAGCACAGAUCUGUGCUGGGAAGGCCCAAUGGUCAGUGGUGGAAGCCAGAAAGUCUAUGCCAGCAGGGUGAAGGAGCUGUGCUGAUAGAUUGAGGGUUCUAUGCUGGAGCCGAGAAGUCACACUCCCAACAAAGACCAGUCUGUCCUGAAAAGCACCACAGCCAUCCUCAGUGACAUGGAGGCCCCGAGCUCCUCUGACAACAAGCACUGUCAAGGACAUGCCAGGAAGCCAGCGUGACGAGUUCAUCCUGGAGACCAAGCAGCACACGUCUUCCCCUCUGGAGCCAGGAAGCAAUGCUUGAUGUGAGGACCAGAGCCUCUCCAGGAGAACCAACAGCUCAGACAGCAACUCGUGGGAACCCACAAGGCCUCCACGCCUCAACUCCUCCUUCUCCACAUCUCUAUUUAUACAAUUUUCCUCGGGUGGAACAUCUAUGCUCAGCAACAUGCUGAUUUAAUUCUGCUGGCGUUAAGUUGACCACCAGUUCUUAAUCUAUAACAAAUAUAUAUGUGAUAUAUAUAUUUAAAAAUUUUAGCAUGAUGUGUCCAUCUAUUACUUAUAUACAAUAAAAAUUUCUUCUUUAA